AUGGCUAACGCUACUCUUUUACAUUCGCUGCAAUUUCUUUUGAUUUUCACUUGUAUGUUGUUAAAUGCAGGAUUAUUGACAAAUGGUGCGCGCUAUCACGACACAACUUUCAAUUAUUUAUCUUCUUCAAACUCCUCCAACGACAACCACAACUGGACCGGACCUGUUGGUCACCUUGUAAUAACGGUUGAUGUCAACGGCGGAGGCCAGUUCAGUUCCGUCCAAGACGCCGUCAAUGCUGUCCCUGAAAACAACACAAUGAAAGUGCUUAUUAAAAUCAGUGCCGGAAAAUACAAAGAGAAAGUGGUGGUUCCCGUGACGAAACCGUACGUAACGUUUGAAGGUGAAGGAAGAGAAGUUACAGUGAUAGAAUGGCAUGAUAGAGCGAGUGAUCCUGGUCCCAAUGGACAACAGCUACGGACUUAUAGAACUGCUUCUGUUACUGUUUUCGCUAAUUAUUUCUCUGCCAAAAAUAUCACCUUCAAGAACACAGCGCCGGCACCGAUGCCGGGGAUGCAGGGAUGGCAAGCGGUGGCGUUUCGGAUAUCAGGCGACAAAGCGUACUUCUCCGGCUGUGGAUUCUACGGUGCACAGGAUACGCUUUGCGAUGAUGCUGGUAGACAUUACUUCAAAGAAUGCUACAUUGAAGGUUCCAUUGAUUUCAUUUUCGGAAAUGGCAGAUCCAUCUACAAGGAUUGUGAGCUACAUUCAAUAGCAUCAAGGUUCGGAUCCAUAGCAGCACAGGAUAGAAAUGACCCAACCGAGAAAACGGGCUUCGCAUUUGUCCGAUGCAAGGUGACGGGCUCAGGCCCGUUAUAUGUGGGCCGUGCAAUGGGCCAAUACUCGAGAAUAGUAUAUGCGUACACAUACUUUGAUAAUAUAGUUGCACACGGUGGUUGGGAUGAUUGGGAUCACGCCAACAACAAAAACAAGACUGUGUUUUUUGGAGUGUACAAAUGUUGGGGACCAGGAGCAGAUGCAGUACGUGGGGUGUCAUGGGCCCAAGAGUUGGAUUUUGAAUCUGCACAUCCAUUUAUCAGAAAAAGCUUCGUCAAUGGAAGACAUUGGAUAGCACCCAAUGAUGCUUAG